CCUUCUUGGACUCAGUUCUGUGACCGGCUGACGGGAAGCACGAGCGACCGACCGAAACUUGAGACAAUCAUAGUGAGAUCCUACAUCUAGAGGGUGUUCAACUCUCCACGGGAAACUGAAUGAGACACUUCGCAAGAGGAGUGGGAAAUAAAACCUGCCGAGGGAGGCUUUGUGAGAUAGAGGGAGAUAUUUAUUGGACAGCAUAAGAAAAAAACAAAAAACAAAACAAGCAAAAAAAAAAAAAAAAAACAGGAGAAAAGGAGUGAUUGACACCUGCCCUCUACCCCAGUGUGAAGGACACAGAAUGGGAGAGUGAGAGGAGGGGCGUGAAGAGAGGGAAAACGCAGGAGAGAAUGAAGACAGCCGGAAAACAAGCCCUGUCUUACUACAAACCUUGCUCAAAUUAGGACAUCUCGCCACAAGACAAGAUGAUUGCAAGAAAUCUGCUCCUAUUGGUUUUCCUGUGUUUGUUGGAGAGGUUUGUGGGAGUGGUCUCAGCCAGUAACAUUCUUCGCAGGAGAGGAGUGGGCGGAUCGCACAUGAUGAAGCUAGGAGAAGGCAGAUCUACGGACCAAUGGGAUGCAAACGUGGAUUUGAAUGCAAUGCCCAUGGUGACUCUGAGAAACCUGAUUAGUCACGAACAGGACUCUGGAUCUUUAACUUACUCCAAAAUCCUGCAGAAUCAUCCUCCAUCAGCUAACAAGGACAAACAAUCUUUCAAGCCCAAGCGUGAAGUGGACUCUGUCAAUAAAAAAGACGGGACUCCGUACAUAUUAGCCAGCAACAAGGCAUUAAACCAGGAUUUAAAGAAAGUUAAAAACAACACAAAGAGUGUUGAGACUUCCAAAACAGGAAGACCAGAAAAAACAUUCACAAUCCAUCACAAGCCAGAUUUACACUCCAAUAAAACCAGGUUUAAAUCAGGCUCUAGAUCCAGGAGCAGACCUGAUUUGAACGUUCGUACUACAGGUGUGCCCGUUAAGGGGUUUAGCAUAGACUCAAACAGAAAGCUGAACCUCACUGGUAGUUAUGGCGUACUUAAGCUGCUGUCAAAAGAGAACCUCGUCAGAAUUGUCAAUUCCCAAAUGCAGAGUGUUCCUAGCCUUAGCUUUCCAAGCAAGGGCAGUCGGAGUAGGAAGAGAGAUUUGAUUGACGUUAAUCAUGGGCACUUAGAGGCUCAGAAAGCUCUGAGACAAGAUAUAGCUGUCACUCAGCCUCAUGUUGGAUUUGAUAAUCAGACUGCAUUUCCUUUUGCAAGCCCAGUCACCAGUCCGGAUCUUAAUCGAGACCCGGGCGCCGAUGCUCGCAUUAGUCCGAUAAGUGAUGUCAAGCCAGCUUUAAGUAAAGGGCAGGUCAACUUGGGAGCAGAGGGUUUAGAUAGCAGAGAUAACAGGAGCAAACACCUUGUCCGCUUUCUGUCAACACCUCGCAGCGAGGUCAGCCUCAGCCCCGAGCAAGAAGUGAUGAUCGGCCAAACAGAACCACCAUUUACAGUGACGAAACAUCUCCCAGUACAUGUUCUGCCAGAAGCGAAUGAUUCCCCUCCAUCUGUGCUGACAAUGCAGCCCCUGGGAGUGAGACUGGGGAACAGAGCAGCAGAUUCCCAUAGAGACCUAUUAACAGAGUCAGCUCACACUGCUCAAACAGAACUCAGCACAGCUCAGUACCCUGCAGAUGAAGACAACAAACUUGUCAACAGCAGUCAUGUCCUGAGGCUUCACCCCGCUCUCGAAUGGAGUCACAGUGGAAAGGACGCUGAGAUGCAAGCUGUCGAUCCAGAGAAUGGAAAGGGCCUUGUGUUUGAAGAGGCAGAGGCGGACGACGGGGCACGCGACCGUAUGGAAAGGAAAGGAUCACGCUCUCGCAGCAGGAGGAGCUGGAUCUGGAACCAGUUCUUUGUCAUUGAAGAAUAUGCCGGACCUGAACCUGUGCUCAUCGGACGGCUCCACACGGACAUGGACAGGAAUGAUGGCCGAACUAAGUAUGUCCUACGUGGUGAGGGGGCAGGCUCGGUCUUUGUGAUCGAUGAGAAAACAGGAAACAUCCACGUCACCAAGCCUCUGGACCGUGAAGAAAAGGAUGAGUACCGUCUCAUUGCUACGGCUACAGACAGGCAGACUGACCGUGCCCUGGAGCCCUCAUCACAGUUCAUAAUUCGAGUGCAGGACAUCAACGACAACCCUCCUAUUUUUGAUGAAGGUCCCUACAGUGCCAACGUGCCUGAGAUGGCAAAUAUAGGCACGUCUAUAAUCCAGGUGACAGCGACAGAUGCUGAUGACCCGACAUACGGGAACAGCGCCAAGCUAGUGUACACACUGGUGCAGGGCCAACAGUACUUCUCUGUCGAUCCCCAGACAGGUGUUUUACGUACAGCUGUACCCGACAUGGACCGGGAGACCCAGGACCAAUACCUUGUGGUGCUUCAGGCCAAAGACAUGGGGGGCCACUUGGGAGGAUUAUCAGGGACCACCACCGUCACCGUCAAGCUGACUGAUGUCAAUGACAACCCCCCACGCUUCACCCAGAGUAUGUGGUCCUUCUCUGUUUCCGAGCUGGCCAUCCCGGGCGCUGAGAUAGGACGCAUCUCUGCAACCGACGCCGACCUCGGCGAGAACGCCAAGCUGGAAUACAUCAUCCUAGAAGGGGAGACCGGGGACACCUUUAACAUUACUGGAGUCAACCAAGAGGCGGUCAUCACGCUGAACAAGGCGGUGGACUACGAGGGUCGAAGCUCCUAUUCCUUCUCUGUGGAGGUCCUCAACCCCAUUGUAGACCCUCGUUUUUUACGUCGAGGCCCCUUUAAAGACCGGGCUUCAAUCCGAGUUGCAGUCCUGGAUGCUGACGAGCCGCCAAGGUUCUCCCGGUCUCGAUACCACAUGGAUGUGUCUGAGAACUGCCCGCCAGCCUGCACCGUGGGUCGGGUCAGCGCCGUAGAUCCAGACACUGGUUUGACAAAUAAUAUCAGGUUUUCCAUUGAUCCCCAGUCAGACCCGGAGGCUCUGUUCCGUAUCACCCCAGACACCGGCCUCAUCACCACGGCUAUGGAGCUGGAUCGGGAGCGUGAGCACUGGCACAACAUUACAGUUAUCGCCACGCAGAGAGACAACCCCAGCCAGGUGUCCAGAGUUCUGGUUGCAAUAGAGACGCUGGACCUUAAUGACAACGCGCCUGAGCUGGACAGACAGUACAUGACCGCCAUGUGCGACUCAUCUUCCACUGGACAGGUGGUGCAGGUGUUGCGGGCGAUUGAUAGAGAUGAGGGAGGGAAUGACAGCACCGUGUAUUUCAGCAUCCCCCCAGAAUCCAGCGCUGCCCUCAACUUCAGCGUCAGAGACAGUGGCGGCCCCACAGCCAGCCUGGUGCUGCUGUCCCAGCUCCAGCCGUUGUCCCGCUCCUCGUCCUCCACCCUGACGCUCUACGUGCCACUCGUCCUGAGGGACGGGACAUCGGGCCUCACCAGCACAGGGACGGUCACCGUGUCCGUCUGUCCCUGCCUGAGAGGAGGGGCGCGGGCCUUGGAAAAAGAAAAGGACAAACAGACGGAAGGCGAGUGGGACUGGGAAAGAGAGGCGGUGUGUCUCCCUCAGCAGUCAACGCUGCCGUCUCCUGGGCUCAGCACCGCUGCCCUGCUGGCUAUCCUGGCUUGUGUUGCUACGCUACUGGCGGUGAGCGCCCUGUCAUUGUCUCUGCGCCGCCAGAAGCGCGACUCCUUGUCGCCCUUAGAGGAGGACGACGUGCGCGAGAACAUCAUAACGUAUGAUGACGAGGGCGGAGGUGAGGCUGACACGGCUGCCUUUGACAUUGUGGCACUUCAGAGUGCUCCGCACAGUUCACGCUCACGUGGCUACCGCACGCUAGACAGCAGGAAUAUUCGAUACACCCAGCAUGGUCAAGACAAAACUCGCACCUACAGCUGGGCUCAAAAUCCAGGUGUGGAUAGCAACUACUCAGGACCAGGAGGAGCACUUUAUGGUCGUCUCAGCUAUAGCAGCCACACAUUACCCAUUCUCCGCCGCACACCAGGUGGAACUUUUGACCCAGGCUUGGCAGAGCUGGCAUACCGUUUUCCUGGAGGCCAGCCCGACCACUCCUUGGUUAUCCAGAACCAAGGGGCAAUGGUUGGGCCAAUGGAGUCGGGGGCUGUGUACAUAGCUCCCACAGAUCUCAGCACAGGAAGCCGAACAGGAAGUCGCACAGGAAGCCGCGACGGGACAGCACCUCAGAGUGGGGUGAGCACAUCGGAUGGGGGGACGCCGAGGACCGGUGACAGCCAGGAGAGAGGAGGAGGAACAGGAACUGCAAGCAACUGUACAGAGGGGAGUAAUGAGGACAAAGUUAACCACAAUCAAGAUGUUGACUGGGUGCAGUCGGAGACACUUCCCCGGGAGCACAACCUCGUCAUGACCCGAUCAGGCUCCAUGAUUGGCCAGGGUCACGGCGUGGGAGGCUGGGUGUGUGACUCGGCUACGUUACCCCUGGCAGGUCGCAGGGCCUCCCGUGCUGGUCUGUCCCCAAAACGCACAGGCUCCAGUCUGGCUGAGCCUGACUCCAGUGGAGGAGGAGGAGGUGUAAAUGGUGGGGUGUCCUCUGCAGAUGGACAACAACCUUUUAGUGGACGCAACUAUGCCACUGUCCUGCAGGGGGAGGUAUCUGGACCCAGGGACUACCCCGGCAGCCUGGGGAGAGGAGGACUGGAAAUGGGGAGCAACUUUGUUGUUGCGAGGCCCGACAGGGAGAACGGAGGAUUACCACUCACAGGGACUGCAUCUGUCUACCCAGAGACAGCUGGCUUUAUCGGGGACUGGCGUGAUCGAGUGGGUCUGGGGGGGUAUGUUUUGGGCAGACGAGAUAUGAGCCCUCAGCUUUUACCUUUCCCGGGGCAGCCGCGAGGAGUGUACGGUGGAGUAAUGGGCUACGAGCCCAACUGGGUUCCAGGAAUGGAGGCAGUGAGAGGGCCACCAGGGCCGGGGGGUCACUCUUUGGCACUGAGGGUGGGUGAGUUCCUACGGCUGCGUCUUGCCCAAGUCACUUUUGACCCCUCACAGCCACCGUACGACUCCGUCCAGGUGUACGGCCUGGAAGGGACAGGGUCCAGAGCCGGAUCCCUCAGCUCUCUAGAAAGUGAAGGAGAAAAGGAGGAUUGGGGGGCAGGGCUGGAAGAGUGGGGCCCCCAGUUUGAAAAGCUGGCCCAGCUCUUUAAAGACAGGAAAAAAGAGAGGGAGGAAAAAGAAAAAGUUGAAGAGGGUGCCAAAACAGAGAGAGACAAGAAAGAAGAGCCUGAGAAGAAAGAGGAAAAGGAGGGAAGAGAGCAGGCUGGAGAGGAAGGGAAAAACUGAGGGAAAAUUAAACAAAUAGGGGCAAAGGAGAUAGAAAGGAAAAGGGGCAAUAGGAGGAUGAUGAAAAGGCAACUAGAAGUAGAAUAAUGUGAAGAGAAGUUAUGGGGAGAAAGAUGAAGAGGCAAAGUAAUAAAAAGAGACAGAGAAAAACGAGCCUUGGGAGGAUGGAGAAUGCGAGGGCAGGAGAGGGAGUGAUUGAUGUAAUUUAAAGCAAUAAGUGUUGAAACGCUGAUAUGGUUGAGCACAGAUACUGAGACAAUGCAGAGGCUGCUUCGGCUCAGGGCAGCAACAAUUUGUUAAACGCUGUGGACAAAGAAAAACAACCCCAAACAUCCCAGACUCGAUUUAAUUCAGCUCUCACGUAUGGAAUGAGAAACAGCAGGAAGCAAGAAGAGACGUCGCUCGUCCCGUCUUUGUGUCUGCAUGUGUGCUUACGUGUGAGGAAGAUCAGAUGUGUAUGCGUCUGUUUGUGUAAUUGUAUGUGUGAGAUUAUAAAAACAGAGGUAGUGUGGCAGGGAGAAAUCCUGAUACCCAGAGACAAUUUAAAGAUGAGACCUAAGUCUGGCGCUUCAUAAGCUGCAGGAUAGUUUUCGGCACAACACGACAGAACAAAUAUUUUACAAGCAAGUUUGGUAAGUAGGAAAACACACGGAGGGAGAAAAUGAUAUUUGGAUAUAAAGAAAAUGGGAUGACAAGAAUGUAUAGAGACAGAAAUGGUUUUAUGAGUGAGGCGAUUGUACAGAAAACCGUUACGUUUUACUCCAUCUGCAGUGGCAGAAAAGUGAAUUAUUCAGCUUGCUACUCCAUUCCAAAUGAAAAUGAUGAAUCAUUUAAAUCCUGCAAAGGAUUCUCCCUCCUUCCAGCAAACAAGGAAAACAGACAUUGUGAAAAAUUAAAAUGAUUUAGGGAUGCAAUCCCUUUCCCACCACCACCCCUCUCCCACAGCUUUUUGUCGUAGAGUGUUGAUAUGUUUACAGAGAUUCACACACAAAAACACACAGGGGACGCAAAAGAACUGAUUAACACCACAAGGCUUUGAUUGUACUACAGUAAAUCUGAGAAGCCAAACGAGUAUUUCAUCUACUUUUUGGAGCAAUGAGCAUUCUUUCUUUUUAAGAUUGCUUCAAUGUUUUUAUUGAAGAUGUCUCUUGUUUUUUUUAUUUGCCCUCUCUUCUUCCACCCACUCACCUUUUACGCACCUUGAGGACAAAGUUUGCAUGAUUUUUAAAAACAGGAGGGAGGGAGGGGGGUUAAAAAAAUGCAAUCAGUUCCCUCUUUGAACACUCGUACUGCCCAAAUGAAAAUUUCCACAGAUCUCUUAAUGAAAUCGUAGGAGAAAAACUCCACAGAGACUUCGCUACAGGCUUCGUGUCGUCAUUAAAGGUCAUGAUGCAAAUAAGCUGGAGUUUUUAGCUGGAAUGCACUUUUAUACUGUGUGAUGUUAUAUAAUAGAUCAUAAAAAUGUUAAAGAUUACAGUUUUUUUCUAAGAUGUCAUUGAAAAUAUAUCAUGUCUGUAUGUAAAAGCAUUUCAAAUGUAAAUACCACUGAAUAUUAUUGCUAAAAGAGAGUAUAUAAAUAAAAAAGAGUAAAAAAAAAAAGAAUUUAGAUGUCCAAAUGGAGCACUGUUGGGACUAUCUAUAUGUGCUAUAGAUUAGAAAAUGGACUAACUGAGCUGGACUAAAAAACAACACCAUGUAUUCAACAUUUGUAUAUGGGCUUGUCAUGUCGUAGCUCUUGUCUUUGAAAUGGACCAGCCAAGGAUUUAAUUCUACAUGUGGCCUCUGGCAGAAGCUUGUUGUGGAAAACGGUGCUGUAGUUACAGGAAAGCUGUUGGUGAGGCCGUCCCAGUGAAGAACCAAACUGAUGGAAAUCCUGUGAAGUGGGGGCAAGUUCCUUUCAGACAUUCAAACCCACUAUUCUUUAAUUUCAAAACCAAAAUGCUAGUCC